GUAUUGACUACAUUAGAAAUAUUAUAAAUCUCAAGGUGGUAUAGAUAGAUUUUCGCUUGCUCGCCGGGAUCUCUAUAGCAACAACAACAACAUACAUUAGAAAAACUUUUGAAUAUUCAAUGAUUUUUUCUUAGUUUUUAUUUUUCAUUUUUCGUUUUCCAUUUUUAUUUAUUGGUUAUACGUUUUUGUGUCUGCGAUUUACAACGAUUUUUGUCUACAAAACAAAUAAAAAGAUACUUUAAUUCACUUCGGCAAUAAUUUGUCCUACAACUGUGGGCGGCAGUUAAAGAAACCAGAUUCAGUGUUGAAUUCAAAGAACUGCGUGCGGGCACUUUGGAAACGAAACCAAACCAAAACGAACCGAACCGAUGUCUUUUUCGCAGUCUUAGUUUUGGCUCGAUGUGAUUAAGACGUGUCUGUUAUUUAAAAGAUAAAGUAUCUGUAUCUUUGGAAUUAAUUUUGUCAAGGCGCUUCGUCCCCGCUGAAUCCCAAGGUGUUUUAUUUAUAAUGUCACAACAUAACCAUAUCCAACGCUCGGGUUGAUGAUAAAAGAAGGUCCUUUCAGUGACGUCUCAUUAAUUUGGAUACAAUUUAAAAACGAGAUUGAGAAAUUCAGAUAUACCUCCGACAAACGACAGUGUUGGCCUUGUUACAAAGGAAAGGUGGCGCCAAACAGUGAUUUAAAAAAUGUUUUUUUUUUGAGUGUGUACCUUAAUCUUGAAAAUUUAAUAUUCACUCUUUUCAAGCAAUAUCAAAGUGAGUUUUGAAUAUUUUUUCCAUUAAAAAGAUACGAGUAUACUCGCGGUGUUUCUUUUUUUGGGAUGUGACGAAGACGAUACGUGGGUUGAAACUUGUUUUGUGCUGUGAGUUCGUUUGAAUAUUGAAAACUGCAAGGGUUUUGUUUACUUACUUAGAUUUUCUCGUUUUUUUCUCUUUAAAGCCGUAUUCUCAAUCUUGAAAGUAGACAACAAAAUAAAAAAAAAUAAAUUAUUUGAAAUUGAGUAGGCUCGGCAACGACAAGUCUAUAAGAGAAAAUGCAUUGAAAGAUAGAGUAUCUUUGAUAGUUAUUUUAAUUGUAUCUUUUUGUGAAGUUAAGUUGAAAAAAAGUAGAUAUACUUGCAUGUUUUGAGUAUCUGGUGUAAUAAUUUAGUGAAUUAAAAGAGCUUUAAAUUGUUUCAUUAAUUGGCUCGAUAAAUAAUUUUACCCAAAAAAUACUUAAAAAAAAUAACAAAAACAAACCAUCAGAUAAACCUACGCUACGUGAGGAUUACUGUUUUCGGUGAAGCGUAAAUGGAUUUUGCGGUUUCGAUUUUGCAUCGCUGAUAAAUCGUGUGUAAAAAUUCAAAUGAAAAAUGGAUAAAUAUUGACUUCCGCACAGGGCAGUGGGUUGAAUUGAUUUGGUUGGCUUUUUGUGGUUUUCCAUUGCACAUUGCACUUAACAUAGUUAGAGAGGUAAAGGACAUCCUGCGAGACAAAGUGGCACAUCCUUAAGUAGUCCACUCCAAAGUGAAAAAGUAGUCUUCUCAAAGUUCUGCCAACACGAUUUAACCAGGAUCCAGAACACAAGUUUGUCUGCUUAACGAUAACACGACAUAAUCAACAACAAAAGCAACAGCAACAGAGUGUAUUUUAGAUAGAGUAGAUUAAAGGAUAGGAAUGAGAGUCCUUAGAAUAUCAAAAGGCGUCAGGAUUCUAUCUCAAGUGAAUAUCAAUAUUGUUUUGCAAAGGGAAACAAUUCAAAAGGUGCGGACAAUGAAAAGUGGCAAGCUCGAAUGACUGCUCGUGUACCACUAGGCCAGCUCCUGCUCCAGCUGUAUUAUUUUUUUGUUUAACAUUUUGAAUAAACAAUAUACAUAAACCGCCUCAAUUGGAGGCUUCUUUGGUCCUUGAUGAAGGCUCACCACUUAAUUUGCUGCUACGAAGCAAGCAUCGAACACAACAAGGAAUAGGUAUACUUUCAAUUUCGUUUUUGUUGUUCGUGCGAGGAAUACAUUUUCAAGACAACAAAAAAGAGGAUACCCAAAGCAAAGUUUCGUCAUCGUCAUCGUCCUCGUUGUCGUAGCUGCCGCCCCUCAGACUGACCUUUAUUUCGUUUAUUGCCAAAAGUUGGCAAACAAACCGCAUAUAUAAUCAAACAAAAAGAUGGCGAUGGAAUGGAUUACGGCCAUUGACAAAAGGCCUUGUGAUAGAAAUUUACGAGAUGCGGAGUUAAUAUCCUGCCGCUUGAGACGGGUCGAACCACUAUGUCGCCUCCCGGGAUCAGCGCUACAACAACUUGCAAUGUGUGGAUUCUAUGAGGAUUUGGAAAAAGGAGUCACUCUUUUCCGAGCUGGCGAACAAGGACGAUUCUGGUAUGCUGUUUUAGGUGGCUCACUAGAGGUCAGAUAUCAUGCACCGGAUACAGAUGGCAAGACACCAGUUACAUUAUGUAAUCUCGGCGUUGGAGCUACAUUUGGCGAAUCAAUUUUGCACGAUUUACCACGAGAUAGUACGGUCGUUACGAAAACAACUUGUGAGUUGCUGCGUGUGGAACAACAAGAUUUUCGCCUAAUUUGGGAGAAAAACAAAGAAUUGAUGAAUGAUAUAAUCACAAACUGUAAACUGAAAAAUGGUUUUGGGGCGGCUAUGUCAGCAGCUCCAGCGUCUCCAACAAAAAGGCCAUUAAGCCCGGAUCAUCCAAAUCCGGCACUUCCAAUUACAGAGGAUUACACAAGUGAAAAAAUGAAAAAACGUGGGGAUAAAGAAAAUCUUGGAUUAAAAAAGCAAGUGUCACCGAGUCCUGCUAUGUCCCGCAUGGGAUGGGCGCUCAGAACUCUCCUGGUCACAGAUAGCUCAAGUUGUUUGAAAGAUAGAAAAGUAUCGGGCAAAUUAAUCAGAAAGUGCGCUCCAGGCACUGAAUUGGUCGAUUGGUUAUUGAAUCUGUCACCGAUUGUACACACCAGAGCCCAGGCGGCGGGCAUGUGGCAAGCUUUACUAGAAGAAGGGGUCCUUUCACAUGUGAACAAAGAACAACCGUUUAAGGAUAAAUGUUUUUUAUAUCGAUUUCGUGUUGACGAGGAAGGAACAAGUGGCGGAGCACCACAAACGGAUGAUGUUAAUGCAUCUAACGAUCAUGUUCGUGAGGCAUUAGGAACGCUCUUCCAGCGAGGACCAGAUGCUACACUUCGCAUGAUUCUAAGGAAACCUUCACACGAACGAAGUCCUGAGGAACUGGAAUUGGUAUUUGAAGAACUUUUACACAUUGCAGCACUAUCACAUCUUUCGACUAGCAUCAAAAGAGAAUUGGCAUCAAUAAUCGUAUUCGAGUCACAUGCACAAGCCGGAACUAUUUUAUUCAAUCAAGGAGACGAAGGACGAUCCUGGUAUAUACUGUUGAAAGGAUCUGUUGAUGUUGUCAUUCAUGGCAAAGGAACAGUAGCAACACUCAAGACUGGUGAUGAUUUUGGUAAACUCGCUCUGAUAAACGACGCACCAAGAGCUGCUACAAUAGUACUAAAAGAAAAUAAUUGUCACCUACUGCGUGUGGACAAGGAGCACUUUAAUCGUAUCCUUAGGGAUGUCGAAGCAAAUACACUAAGGUUACAGGAGCAUGGAAAGGAUGUUUUAGUAUUGGAAAGGGUAGCAAAACAACGAGGACAACAUUCAGCAUUUAAGUAUACAGUAAUGUCGGGAACACCGUCAAAAAUGUUAGAACAUCUUUUGGAGACGCGAUUGGGUGGACAAGUUGUGGGAAUAGAUCCGUUUUUAGAUGAUUUCCUGCUGACUCAUAUUGUGUUUAUGCCUGUGGUUCAACUUGUCGAUGAGCUGGUUAAUUAUUUUCAUUGUGAGAAUACAGGUGGAGGUGGCGGUGGGGGCAAUACGCCCGAGGACCGAGAAUAUAAUUUAAAUUUUAAAAAGCGAGUUGUUCAAUUCGUACAAAAAUGGUUAAUGGCCGUGCGCCAUGCUGCAUUCGAGGAAUCUGUCGUCUGUGAUUUUAUUGAGGACCUGGCUGCUGAUGUCGAAGCUGAUCCAGAUUUAAAUGAGGAAACGAGCGUCGUUCACAAUAUUCUCACUCAACUGUCACGCUACCAAGAGGACCGAACUGCCAAUGCUGGACAAAAGUGGAAGCUACCACCAAAUGGCCAACCAAUUUGUCUGUUCAGUGGAAAUACCACAACGUCAAGGACUGUAAUCCGACCGGAUGAUGACAUCAUCUUUCGAGUUUAUUGUGCUGACCACACCUACUGCACCCUACGCUUCCCAUUGCACACCACUGCUGGUAUAAUAAAGGCAUGUGCCGCUGACAAGCUGCAACUGAACCGAGGACCCGAUGACCUGGCUCUUGUCGAAGUAAAAUCGAACGGAGAACGUUCGAAAUUUAAGGAUAACGAUGUUAGCAUUCCAACGGGAUUAAGUCUUAAUGGCCGCCUCUUUGUUUCUGUUAAGGAUCACCUAGACGCACUGACUCCAUUGCCCGAACAAGAAGGACCUACGGAAGGAGUUGAUGUGGAUUUAGAAAUUAUAAGUACCAAAGAGCUGGCUUACCAUAUAACAAUUUUCGAUUGGGACCUAUUUUGGGCGGUGCACGAGUAUGAGUUGCUGUAUCAUACCUUUGGAAGAUAUCAUUUCGGAAAGAUAACUGCAAAUCUUGAUGUUUUUCUUAGACGUUUCAACGAAUUACAAUAUUGGAUUGUUACGGAAAUUGUAUCUACAUCGAGUAUGAGUAAACGUGUUGGUCUCCUUCGAAAAUUCAUCAAAUUAGCUGCUUACUGCAAGGAAUACCAAAAUCUCAAUGCAUUCUUUGCCAUUGUUAUGGGUCUCUCCAAUAUGGCAGUAUCUCGUCUACAAUUAACCUGGGAUAAAAUUCCCUCAAAGUUUCGCAAACUGUUUCAAGAAUUCGAAGCUUUAAUUGACCCAAGUCGAAAUCACCGGGCGUAUAGAGUAUUUGUUGGAAAAUUGCAACCACCUGUUAUACCAUUUAUGCCAUUGCUCCUAAAGGACAUGACAUUUGCCCACGAAGGUAAUAAAACCAGUCUCGAUGGUUUGGUCAAUUUUGAAAAGAUGCACAUGAUGGCCCAAACGAUGCGAACGAUACGUUUCUGUCGGUCACGAAGUCUUGGUUUGGAACCACCCUCACCCAAGACUGAAGGUGAAAUACGUUCGUUUAUAAGUUGCUUACGCGUCAUCGAUAACCAGAGAGUCCUUACAGGAAUGUCACAGAAAAUCGAACCAACUAGAAAAAUGAACUAAAGGCUUAUAAUUUCGUUUUUAUGUUGGUGCAAGUUGUGGUUGAAGACAUUUGAUUAAGGGAUCAAUAAAACAUUCAAGAAAAUAUUGAUUCAAACAUUUUUCUAUAAUCAAAGUAAAAUUAAAUUAUUUUAAUUAACAUAAAACCUUCUGUCGUAAGUAUUUUACACAGCUUUGAAAAAAGAAAGAAAUCAUUUCUAUGUACAAAAUACAACUUUUAAAAAUACAGAGUUAAUAAUUUCAAAAGCUUAAACAUUUUUUAAAAUUAAUUGUGAUAAGAAAAAUCAAGCGAAAUAUUUGAAAUAUUGAAAACAAAAAAAAGGAAAACAUUUUGUACACAAAUGCAAAGAAAUACCAGCGGAGUCUUAUGAUGAAUUAAAUGAAAAUUUAAAACUAAAAAACCUACAAAAAUAUUGAGAAAAUAUUAAAAAAGAAAUCUUAUUCAUACGAGUAUAAAAAUAAAAAGAAGAGAAAGUAAUACAGAAAUGAGAAUAUAUGAAGUUAAAAGUAUGUACCAAAAAGAGAAAUUUAUAUAUAAAGAAAAUUCUUAAAAUAUAUGUGUAUAAUAUUAAAGCUGUGAUUGGUUAGUUUUAUAUAUAUAAAGAGAAACUAUAGCUAUAGCAAUUAAUUUUACUUUUUAUUGUUUUAUCAUAUAAUACGAGUAUCUAUAUUAUUAUAUUGAUUU